UUGAACUGUCACUGUCACUCAGUGUCAUCAAUAUUAAUUUUAGCGAAAUAGACGAGGAAUACCAUGUAAUUGUUUAAAUACAUCAAAAAUGAAUACAAAUUAAAUGAAUUUCUACACUAACCAAACAAAAAUAAUGAUACAAAGUGCAAAAUUAAGUGUCCUUCUUUGGUUUCUCAUAGCUAUUUUAUCAGUUGACAAAUUUUGCAUCACACAAGUCGGUGGAACCCUCCAGUUAGCAAAUUCAAUUACAACUCAAGACAUUAUAGCUGGUGAUAUAUUCUUUGAAGUAAUCGAACCCACUGAGUUGGAGUACACGUAUCGUUUGCGACCAGCUAAAGACUUUGGCGGCUCUUUCAAUGUUAAACUUGAGGGUGUCGCUUUGGUGCCGACAGUGCCUUUGCACGCUUGCAGUCCGAUAACAAACAAGCGAGAUUUACGUGGCAAUGUUGCCUUAAUAGAAAGAGGUGAAUGCUCGUUCCUAAAGAAAACAAUCAAUGCGGAAUCAGCAGGUGCUGCAGCUGCAAUUAUCACAGAAUUUAAUUCAGAAUCAAAUGAAUUUGAUUUCUAUAUUGAAAUGAUACACGACAACUCAGACAAAGAUGCUCAUAUUCCUGCGGGGUUCUUAUUGGGAAAGAAUGGCAUGGCUAUUCGAAGUACACUUAAAAAACUGAAACGAUCGUACGCUUUAAUCAAUCUUCCUGUGAACCUGACAUUUAUACCCCCACACAAAAUAAAUCAUCCCCCAUGGCUUGGAUGGUAAUGGUAGAUAGUGUAGUUAAGAAAUAAUAAUGAAGUAGGAAUCUUGCUUCUGCUGGAGAGGGGCCACCAAAAGACGUACUACAUACAUCACUAAAAGUUUUUUGUGUUUAAAAUAUUAUGUAUAUUUGUUUAUUCCGUUUCAAAUAAUAUUGAUUGAUAUUAAUUGUAAAAUGUAAAUUGCCGAAGUAAAAAGAAACCAAAGUUUAAAUUUUAA